UAACUGGGUCUUAGUGCCCGUGCCACAGAAGCCUGCCCUGUUUGCUGCUCUCAAGUUGCUGCUGACCAGUACCAGAAAAGUUCUGCGGCCAAGGUCACAAGAUCACCUGUUCUUUUACCCAAACUACUGCUUUCUAUUCCUGACCACAGCCAUCAUGCCCAGAGGAAAGAAGAGUAAGGCCCGUGCUCGUGAGAAACGCCGCCAGGUCCAGGAAGAGGCCCAGCUGCUUACAGAUGCUCACGCCAAGGCAGAAGAGAAAGGAGAGUCACCUGCCUGCUCUGAUCAUGAGUUUGGAGAUGCUGUUGCAAGCACCUCUCCUGCUGGCUUCCAAAAGGGCAGGGUAUCUACCACCUCUGCUGGUAAAGGCAUGGCCCGUAAAAGGUCUGGAAAAGGUGCAAAAGGCCCAGAAGAAAAAAAUAGUAGUUCUUGUAGGGCCCUACUUGCCUCCAGAGGCAAACGGAUGGAUCUUCUAUCAAGGAAAGCAGGAAUGCUGGUAGAGUACAUGCUCUACAAGUACAAAAUUAAAGAGCCUGCAAGGAGGGGAGAAAUGCUCCAAGUUGUCAACAAAAGGUUCAAGGAGCAGUUCUCUGAUAUCUUCAAAAAAGCCUCCUAUCGAUUAGAUAUGGUUUUUGGCCUUGAGUUGAAAGAAGUCCAGCCCCAUGGUCAAACCUACAUUCUUGUCAGUAAGCUAGAUUUCCAGGAUGAUGGAAGUGGGAGCAGUCGUCUGGGUAUUCCUAAUAGGGGCAUUCUGACCCCUCUCCUAAGUGUGAUCUAUUUAAAUGGUUACCGUGCCCUAGAGAAGGAUGUCUGGCACUUCCUGAAUAUGUUAGGAGUCUAUGAUGGGGUCCCACACCUCAUCUUUGGGAAUGUCAGGAAGCUCAUCACUGAAGAUCUAGUGCAGGAAAAGUACCUAGAAUACCGUCAGAUUCCUGAUAGUGAUCCUCCAUGCUAUGAGUUUCUGUGGGGUCCAAGAGGCUAUGCUGAAACCAGCAAGAGGAAAGUGAUAGACUUUUUAUGUAAGGUCGGUGAAACCAUGCCCAGUGCUUACUCAUCUUGUUAUGAGCAGGCUUUGAUUGAAGAGGAAGAGAAAGCCCAAGCUGAAGCUGCAGCCAAGACUGGCACUAAGGGCAAAGCCAAGGGACACUCAAAGGCCAAGUCGGGCAAGUCCACUGGCUAG